GCAAAAUAAUCGGCCAAAAAUUAUUCGGGAUGCUCCAACACAUGCCACGGGAUUUCAUCAGGUGGCUGUCCUUUGUGUGAUGCAAUCUGGAUGAUAUUUUCAUUCUGUUAUUCUCUGUCAACCCAGAUGAUCAUCUUUUGGUGACCAAUUAAUAAUCUUUUUUUUUUCUCCUCUCAUUCAAUCCUCAUUGUCCAUAUCCACGGCUGUAUAAUCUAGAUGCAAUGACCACGGCCACAUCAACCACUACACGCCUCCACAUCACCCCUUUAACCCCCGACAUCCUCCCUUCGGUCUUGCCUGCAUCAAUUCGACCCUUGGCCUCAGAGAUUUCCUUCCACGCCAUUCCUACCUUCCCCGAGAAUAAUUACGGAUACGUGACCCUGCCCAACAUGGAGGCCGACAAGAUCAAAAAGAAGCUCAAUGGUUCUAUUCUCAAGGGCAAGAAGUUCAAGGUCGAGGCUGCUCGGCCCCACAAAAGACAUCGGGAUGAAGAGGGCGAUGAGGAAGUUGUUCCCGAUCCCAAGCCAGCCUCUGAGAAAUCGUCCAAGAAGUCGAAAAAGCGAAAGGCAGAAGACACUGUGGUUGAUGGGUAUGAGUUGCCAUCGGAUCGCAAGGUGAAGAGAGGCUGGACGGAGUCGAGUAGUACCAAAAAAGAGAAGCGCAAGGAAGAGAAGAAAAAAGAAAAGGACGAGAAAAAGGCUAAACCUCAACCCAAAUCCAAGUACACAGAGAAGGAAGAGUGUCUAUUCCGGGCCAAACUCCCUCCUAAUAAAAUUGCCAUCGACAAAAAACAAGAAAAGCAGUCCAAGAAGAAGAAGAACCCCACAAACGAGUCCGUGAUCCAUGAGUUUGCGAAUACUGUCACACACCCAAGCUUCUUGCGGUCCGAAGGCGAAGAAGCGACUCCUACAUCUACAUUUGAGGAGGGCAAAGGUUGGGUAGAUGACUCUGGAAACGUAAAGGAAGCUCCCAGUGACAGAAUCAGAAAUGACCAGUAUAGACCAGGCAAGGUAGCAGGGGCUAAGGAGAAGCGGAAAUCGGCCAAGAUCUCUGUGUCUGAGAAAGAGUCAAAGCCUUCCAAAUCAAAGGGUAAAAGGUCUACCAAGAAUAUUGAGUCCUCGGAUGAAUCAGAGGAGGACUGGACCUCUUCCAGUGGCUCUAGCUCCGAUGAGGAUACCGCAGGUUCGGAAAGCGACGAAGACUCGACCAACUUAUCAGAUGAAUCUUCCAGCGAUGAUGAGAAAGAUCCAGAUCCCAAGGCUGGCAAGUCUUCUGAUCCUACACCCGCGGCUCCUACUCAGCCAGAGGCUUCGAUUGAUCAAAACGAAACCUCGAUGGAGGCAGAUAAUGACUCAAGCCCCAAAGAGGUUCACCCAUUGGAGGCGCUUUUCAAACGCCCUGCGCCCGACUCGUCUGAAAAAAAGCCUGCCGUUGAGGCCCCCAAUGCUCAGUUUAGUUUCUUUGGACAAGAUGAUAUCGAGUCUGAGGAGGAAGAGCCAACCAAACCUACCGAACCCCAAACACCGUUUACGAAGAAGGAUAUGCAAUUCCGUGGAUUGAGAAGCGCUGCUCCAACACCCGACACUGGCUUGGUAGGUCGAAAUAUCAACUGGAAUGCCUCAGGAGAGGAAGAUGCUAUGGAUAUGGAUGAUGAAGUGUAUACAAACACCCCAGUUCCCAAAUCGACCACUGUUCAAAGGGAGGAGUCCGAUUUUACCAAAUGGUUCUGGGAGAAUCGUGGUGACAACAAUCGUGCGUGGAAGAAGAGAAGGCGAGAUGCUGCUAAGGAGCAGAGGCAGAGAGAGAACCGGAUGAAAGGAAUGAAAGGAAAGUCAUAAACAUGGCAUGGUGUUUAGCAUUUCGGGUUUAAGAUGACGGGCAUAUUUUGCAUAGCUGUGAUGCUUGAUUUCAUAUAUACCUAGUCCUUUUGAUACGUAUUCUAAAAGUCUUGUCCCAUUUUCAAGUAACAUUUACACAAUGGCGUAUAAAAUCGCCAAAGAUCAAAUACCUGACUAGCAGUAACAAAUCAAAUGAUAUCCAACGCUGAUUCUCGAAUUGUCACAUGAUGCCAAGAAUCCCG